CUGCAAAUGAUUGCUGGCUGCAGCAGGAGGAGGAUCUGAACCAAUGUUCCUCCACGGAGCUGAACUGAAGCUGAAUCCUCCGACAGCCGCGCUCAGAUAGCCCACAGACGAGCAUGAUCGGCGGCAUGGAGGGCGGCGUGGACGCGCAGAGCCUCAUCUCCAUCUCCCUGAUGAAGAUCCACAACUCCAGGACGCAGCGCGGCGGCAUCAAGCUGCACAAGAACCUGCUGGUGUCCUACGUGCUGCGGAACGCGCGGCAGGUCUACAUCAAGGAGAAAUACGCGGAGAUCUACCGGAUGCAGCAGUACGAGGAGGUGAUGACGGUCUGCAACGAGAUCCAGGAGCUCAACCCGCUGGACCUGGACGCGGAGGAGGCGGACGAGGAGGAGCGGAGCCGCGGGGAGGAGAGCUCCGUCUGCGGCGCUGCGCUCCAGCGAGGCGCGGCGCAGCCAGCGGCGCUCUGCCGGACGGGGAGCGCUGUGUCCGGCUGCUGCCCGCUGGAGGACGUCGGUAAAGACCCGGAGCCCUCCUACUACCGGAGCUGCUGCAUGGAGGCUCCACCGGCGGCUCCGUGCGACCCGUUCACCGGCAGCGGCGGCGGCGCGCACUGCAACAAAACCACCGUGCUGGACCUGGACACGCAUGUGGUGACCACGGUGGAGAACGGCUUCCUGCACCAGGACUGCUGCUGCGCUCCCACCGGACAGUCCGCCGCCAAGAAGCGGAAGGUGGAGUUCGGCUGCUGCGUCUCGGACCUGGACGAGGUUCCGGAUUUUACCCGCAAACGGGCCAAACGGGAGGACUGCUCGUUCUCGGACUACACGGACACUUCCAACAUCUCCAACCUGAUCUCCAUCUUCGGUUCGGGGUUUUCGGGGCUGCUGAGCCGACAGGCGGACCUGGAGCAGAUCUGUAGCAAGCAGGCUCUGGCCAGUCUGGGCGCCUGGACCCGGGCCAUAGUGGCGUUCUGACCCGACACCUAGUCCCGGAGACCGGCUCGGCUCGGACGCAAACAGGAAGUUGUGACCUGGAGGAAACCUAACAGUAAUCUGUGGAAAUUUUGCUUCUUGUUGUUGCACUUUGAGCUAAAUAUUGGCAGCAGAACUUCUCCACGGAGCUGGUGGACCAAACAUGUGAAGCAUCACCUCCAGAACAUCUGAGCAGAUGUUCUGGAGGUGAUGCUUCACAUCUUUGUUCUGGAGACAUCUUUGUUCUGGAGAUGAUGCUUCACAUCUCCAGAACAUCUGGUGAAGCUCCACAUCUUUGUCCCACCACCAAUCUGCUCUCUGAUUGGCUGAAACGGGCUCUAUAACCCUUUGAUACCCAUUUUCCACUGCAUUUGAGUCACUUUUGACCCAUGUUGCGCCUCAAAGGGUGAAGGAACCUGUCAAAUUAAAAGUUGUUGAUAUCUCAAAGCACACCUGUGUCUUAGAAAAAGUGACAUCACUGACGCUCGCUUCCGAUUGGAGGAGCUAAAGGCGUUCCAGCCGAGGCCGGUCUCCCUUUCCUGGUGUCUAAAAAUCCACUUUAUUUUUGCAGGAAAAACAGAAAAAGCUAUUUAUAAAAUGAGCAGUUUUAAAGGACAGAGUUGGUGCCAUGCGUUGCGACGUGGUUUCUGGAGGAACAUCUUGACGGUGGAUCAAACUUCCAUUGCCUUAAAUCCGAAGCUAUCUGCGGCUAGCUGACGACCUGAACGUAGGAAGUGACUGAAUGUUUGUGGUCCUUGCACACCGUUGGGAGGUUGGUGGACUCGUUGGGGUUCUGGGAUGUUCCACGUGGGUCGUUUAACAUCCGUUUGUUUCUUAAUCGUGGUCUUUUCACGGCGGUUCAUGAUUCCAGUUUGUGAGUUCCACUUUGUAAAAAAAAACAACUAAAAGAAAGAAUGAUCCGAGUCCUUUUGUUUUAAAAAGGCGUCGUCAGCCAUAAGUAUCCUGAGAAUCCAUGCGUUAGCUUUAUGAGCACUAUGUGUACCAAAAUAAAGAGAGUAUUCAGCCAUUCUCGACAUAUUUUGUUGUUAUUCUUGUAUUUUUGUGCUUAACAAAUUGUAUAUCACCGGGUAAAACUGUUCAAGAAAAGAUAUUUGGUAAAAGUUUAUAAUCUUAAUAAAAAAUGAAAAUCCUUUA